AUGCACGCGACACUUGAGCACGAUACUGUCUUCUUAGAAGCCCCUUACAAGGGUGGAGAAUACAGGCUUCAUCGCGCCGGACCGCUCAAGGCCGACGAGCCCGUCCAGCUCAAGGACGCCAGGCGCACCACCUUGGACGCUGCCCACAUCAUCGGCAAGUCGUCUCGCGAUGUGAUCAAGACUAGGAAGGGCCUGGGGAGUGACCCCCCUCUGGAUGAGAGCGGCAAGACUAACACACAAGACCACUCCAAGAUAUACCCGGCAGAUGCCAACUUCAUCGUCAGCCUUCUGGAUAUCAACCUCCCGGUACCGGGUGAGGACCCCGACGCCGAUGCACAGCCCCCCUUUGAGAUCUUCGAGGCCGGCACCGGCAUGGGCUCCCUGACCCUCCACCUCGCCCGUGCCAUCCACGGAGCCAACCCGCCAGUCUCGCCGUCCCUUCGGCAAUCCCUCGUUGAUGCACCCUAUCAGCGAUCCAAUCACAACAUCUUCACCUCGCCCGCGGACCCGGAACCCUCCUCAGACCCAUCAUCCACCUCCGAACCCACCACCACCACCACCACUGACCCAUCUUCCGCGACCCUCAGCCACCACACCCUGGACUUCCCAACCGAGGCCCAGUCCCAAGCCUGGGAAGCCCACCUCUCCUCCCGCCGUGCCGUCAUCCACACCCUCGACAACAGACCCGCCCACUCGCGCAGCGCCCACAAGAACGUCCGCCGCUUCCGCCGCGCGCUCUACCUCCCGGACAUCGACUUCCACAUCGGCUCCGUCCAGUCCUACCUCUCGGCCCGCCUGGCCGCAGCAGCAGCAGCAGCAACCUCCGCCCAGACCUCCCCCCUUUCCUGGCUGGAGGAGGAGGAGGACCACCCCUUCCUCGCGCACGCCAUCCUCGACCUGCCCGACGCCUGGGACACGGCGGGCGAGCUGGCGAUCCGCUGCCUCAAGCCCGACGGCCUGCUCGUCGUCUUCGCCGCCCAGCUCACGCAGGUCGUCCGCUUCGCCGCCGAGGCCGCCCGCUCCGGCGCCCCCGUGCGCCAGGAGCGCGUCGUCGAGCUCGCGACCAGCACCGUCGCCGGCGGCUCCGGCGGCGGCGAGGGCACGCUGUCGUCGAACCUGGCCGGUACCGGGGGCCGCGAGUGGGACGUCCGCCUCGUGCGCGGGAUCAGGAAGACCGAGGCGGCCGAGGAGGCGGGCGGCGAGGUCGUCGACCUGCAGCAGACUCCCGAGGAGCGGCUCGUCACGGUGUGCCGGCCCAAGGUCGGCGCGUACACCGCCGGCGGAGGGUUUGUGGCGGUGUUCAGGAAGCUGGAGACGAGGAGCAGGAGCUGGGUGUCUGGCCAGGGGCGGGUAGAUGCUGAGGGUGUUGCUGCUGUGGAGCAGAAGGAGAUGGAGGUGAGGAGAAGGGAAACGGAGUGA